AUGAAGAUGAGCCGACAACGUUACAGUGACAUCCUCAACGAGCUCGAUAAACUCCUCCCAUAUAAACUUAUCACCAACAAUAUCGGACGUCCGGUUUCAAUGAUCCAGCGUGAGCAGCUUAGCCGGAAUUUCAGCGGCUUCCUGACUGCAAUCAACUGCAUUCGGCAACUUGCAAUUGUCAAGAAUGACAGCUCUGCUCCCAGCGAGACCUAG